AUGAUCAACGCCAACAGUUGCCAGUCGCUGGAAAGUGCCUCCAACAAAACCGUUUUUUCCGAGUACAAAAUUGACCAGAGCACCGUCUACUACUCAGGGCCAAAGCACAAGAUAUACAGUGCAAAGCGAACCACCGCUGAUCUGGGCAUGAGCAUCUCUGUUCGAGUGUACAACCGCUCCGAUCAGGAUCCAGUCAGCUCGUUGUACCUGAAAAUAAUCCGCCACCUGGGAAGGAAGCACCCCUAUGUGGUGUACUCACUGGACCUUUUCUACGACGCCGAGAAGGUGUACAUCUUUCAGGAGUACUGCACCGGUGGCAAUCUGCGCCAGUACCUGGAGAAAAACGGCACUACCAGCGAGUCAUUGGCGGUCGCUUGGGCAAAACACCUCCACCAGGCACUGGACUUUCUAGGUGACCAGGCAAUAGCCCAUCGCGACCUAGUUCCUGAGCACCUCGUGGUGGUGCCACUAGGCAGCGCCUACAAUCCCUACCUCAAACUGACCGGCUUCAAGAAGGCUGUCAUCUACUGGAACACCAACGAACACGACGUCCUCUACUGUCCCUGUCUGCCGGCGGAACAGCAACCGGCGGACGGUGGCGCCAGCAACUACCAGCCGCUGGAGGUGUACGGCAACGCCACCACCGAGCAGUUUGACCCCGUUCAGGCGGACAUUUGGUCGUACGGGGCGAACAUCUUCUUUAUGCUCACCAAAAAGUACCCUUUUAGCGGUGGUACUCCAGUUGAAGGGAUUGAGGAGGAGAUCAGGCGAAAUGUGGCGGCACUAUCUGCCAUCAGUGAACACGGGCGAGCCUUUCUCACCGCCCUGUUGCGCAUCAACGCCAACAACCGAAUGCCCUUUGACUUUGUGGAGAAGCAUCCCUGGUUGACAGGAAAACCGGCAGUAAGUAAUGCUUACUUUUUAUCAUCAUUUAAUAAAUCUUUUUUCUCGGGAAACUGUGUACAGCCGGCACCGGUGGUUCUACCGUCACAGUCACCUCCAGCAGCAUCAGCACCAGCAUCGCAAUCAGCACAGCCAAAGCCUGAACAGGCGGCUCUGAACGACCUGGUGCGAGAGCUAACCGCCUCGGUGAGCGCUCUUUCCCUUCGACAACCCUCACGAACCACUGAAGGUGGUGGGGCAGCUGAUGGGCAGCUGAGCGAGGAAGAGGGCAAAGAGCUGGCUGCCGUCAUUGAGACGCUUCGCGUGAAAGUGGUCCACCUGGUGCACAACCUGAAGACACUGAUUCCCAGUCUGCCUGAUGCAAAACGCAAUGAACUGUUGGAGGACGUCGCUCAGUUGGAAACCUACUCGCAGAGCAUCACCACUGAGCAGUUUGAAAAGUUUAGCGCAAUGAUGCUGGAGAUAAUGGCCAAGAUUGACAAACUGCUCGAUGAGGUGAAACCAUCCUGGGCUAAUUGA